AUGGCUCUGCGUUGUGUACCAAUUCGCUUCGGGGUACAUCGUGUUGGCUACACGCACCCCAGCACACUCCCUGUGCCUUGUGCGCAGCGGUGGGAUUUACGACUUGCGCGUGCUCGUAUAUUUCAGGAGUAUAUUGAAGAGAAGGCCCCUGGUGCGUGGCAGUUAGAGGAUGAAAGGUCAAUGUCACCAGAGUUUAAGACAUUCACAGGUUACCCUAUGCGAGAGAUGCGUCCUGGCUACGGACAAAAUCUACCAGAUUUUAUUAUGAAGAAGCGGUUGCCAAACAACACACAUUAUGAGCUCUUCGCCCGUCGUGAUAUUCCCAAUGAGGAUAAUGCCAUGUACGGAAAAUACCUCUAUGACAUGACUGUUCAUGGAACCUCAUUACCAUCAACCUACAGAAUGCAUAAAGAUAUUAACAAGGCACAACGUAACGAUAGAAAACUCUCUGGUAACCGGUUUAAAGUACUCUGCUCUUCUGGGGCAAAGAAUCCUCCAUCUCAGUGGGAGCCCAUUCCAGAUGCUACCGAAGAGGAGGAGUAG